AUGCUGCUUAUCCCACCAGCGAAGCCCUCAAAAACGUCCAAAGACAAAAAUGGUGUUGGCGUUCGCCGUCGAGCGCUGCGAAAACGAACGCCAGGACUAGGUGAAACCCCAGAGGACUCCGACUCAGGCUCCUGUGGGUCGAAUGAGUUCUCCAAUUCUCCCUCCUCCUCUGAAGAUGAGGCUGAGUAUGACGCUGGUUCCGGGAUCUUGGCUUCCCACGUCGGGCCAACGAAUUAUCCUCCACCCUAUGAGCUGUCAGCAGUUAAAGGCGGUAAAGCCUGUGAUCGUUCUCAACCUCCCUGGAACCGACUCUCGCGCAUUGAGGAAAAAAGUUGUAUAAAUGAAGGUGCUGAAGCCGUCGGAGAAUCAGACCCCGACUCACCGGAAGAAACCGAUGUGGUUUUGCACUUUGUGGAAAGGGGAGAAUCUGUCUCCACACCGCAUCUCCCUCCAGACAAUCAAAAGCGCUUUGACUAUCAAUCCGCCAAUCGUACGACUUCUGUGCCUCUGUCAACCAAUCAGACACGUAGACCGACUGAAGACGCAAAUCAGGCGCGUACGGGCGACCAAAGUGGCCACUCAUUGGCUGAGAGUGACGAGCAGGCAACGACAACAGGAAGCGAGUCACAGGCUACAACAAUCUCAGUUCACAAGUCCACUAUUCCACAGUCCACACCUGGCGCGGUGGUUGCAAAUUUUUCGCGAUCUCCAACGGAAGUACUUGUCCCGUUAACCGCAACCAGGGUAGACCUAGGUGAUCAACAGAGCACCGACAGUGAUACUCAAGAUGGACUAACAGAGCAAAGGGAAGAUACUUUAAAAAUGUCCAUAAUGCUCCCAAAUGCCCAAAUGAGGGAUAUUCCCGAGGGCAAGAAACAGCAUCUACAGCAUCGGCAUUACGUCUCGGCGUUGGAUGAGACCCUGCGGCCCGAAGUGGAACUUGUCUCGUCAAAAAGAGCGCUCUAUCAGACGCCCUCCAUUAGGCUGAGGGUCUGUCUCGGUUUCUGCGUGUCCAAAGUAAUUGCGACGCGUAUCCAUUAA